AUUCAGAAAGGGUGCGUUUCCAACGUCGAAUGCUAGAUAUAAGAGAUCCUUGGAACAAUCGUUUGUGUGUGUGAGGCAAUUUGGAUCGAGAAGGAAAUCAAUUAAUUAAAGUUAAAGUAGAUUAAAAGGGACUUAGCCUGAUUGUAGUCCAGCCCAGUACAGCAAGUUACAAUCAUGGGCUCACUUAUCAGGAGUUUUCUGGGCCCAGAGUUGUACAGGGUGUACAAGACGGAUACCACCGCAGGUUUCCAAUAUGUUCCAAAUGCAAUGGAGAGUUGGGGAGACAGAAUCAUCUCGUUCGUGCGUCUGUUCUACAAAACCACUGUCUGGACGUCACCGCUGGUGGGCGCCUACCUGCUGUGGCGCGGCUAUCUCUCGGUGGACGGCGCCGCGUCCCUGGUGCGCUUUGCCGGCUGGCUGGGCGCGCUGGCGGCCGGCGCGGCGGUCCUGCGCGCGUUCGGCCGCAUGGCCAACCCGCAGUACCGGGUAUUCAUGGAGGUGCUGGGCGGCGACACAACCGACCCGGAGCGACGUCGACAGCUGGCCGGAUACGACUUUGACAUGGCGGCGUGGCCGAUCGACUUCGCGGCGCAGCGUGUGCUGGAGAUACCGGCCGGCGGGGAGACCCUGACCUCCAGUCUCAGCGACGAGGGUCUACUGGGCCUGCCGACCCGCCUGCUCACCUACUGUGUGGUUCACACAAUCGGGCGCCGCCUCAUGUACCCCGGCAGCAUCGGCUUCAUGCGCUCACUGCUCGCGCCGGCUCUGCUGGAGGGCCGCACCCGCCUGGUGGAGGAGCUCGGUGGCAAGAGGCACGCGCUGCUCGCCAGAGACGGAAACCGCAUCGACACCAUGUUCGUGGACCGGCGCAGAGAUGGGAACUCACCCAACGGUAAAACGCUGGUGAUUUGCUGCGAGGGAAACGCCGGCUUCUACGAGAUCGGCGCCACGUCUGCGCCGCUAGAGGCCGGCUACUCGGUGCUCGGCUGGAACCACCCGGGAUUCGCCGGGAGCUCGGGCGUGCCGCUACCGGAGAGUGAGCAGAGCGCCAUCGCGGCGGUGAUGGAGUUCGCCGAGAGCCAGCUCGGGUUCCGCCAGCAGGACACCAUUCUGUACGCCUGGAGUAUCGGUGGCUACACGGCCUCCUGGGCGGCCAUGACACACCCGGGUGUCGGUGGUGUGGUGCUGGACGCUACGUUUGACGACGUGCUGCCGCUGGCCGUGGCCCGCAUGCCUCCGUCGUGGAACUCGCUGGUGCAGCUGACGUGUCGCCGCCACCUGGACCUGAACAACUCGCGCCUGCUGCGUCACUACCCGGGACCGGUGCUGCUCAUCCGCCGCUCGCAGGACGAGGUCAUCACAGUCACGGAGGGUGAGGUGGGCACCAACCGCGCCAACGACCUGCUGCUGCAGCUGAUGGAGCACCGGUUCCCCUCGCUGCUGGACACCUCCAGCCGGCGGCUGCUCGAGCGGUGGGCGCGCGGAGACGCCGUCAUUCAGGCGGAGGUCCUGUCUGAAGCCGGCGUGGACGACGAGUUGUGCCAGUCCCUGCUGGCCUCCUACGUGUCGGAACACUCGGCCUCCUACCCGCUGGGUAUCGGAGCCGAUAUGGACAGCGGCACACUCUCCCAGCUGGUCAUCUACCUGGCGAGUCGUCUGAUGAUCGAGAUGGAGGGCACACACUGCUCCCCCAUGUCGGGCUCCUUCUUCCGGCUGCCGUGGAACCUGCCUCAGGGCACCAACGGCUUCGUCUAUCUGAACAAGCCGGGUGACGGGCAGACGGACAACUAGUCGCCGAGCGGCAGAAACGGCGAUAGGUGGAAGUAACCCUUCUCCACCCCGGAUGGAGAGGGCUAAGCGGUGGCUUGUCUUAGCCGCUGACAGGAUGUGGCGCUGGGAUGCCGGUUUGUUGGUUUCUAGCGAUCCAAAGGACGCUGAAAGGUCCCGGGAUGACGCGGCCGCGGAGCCAGCUCCAGCAAUGCAGUCAGACGAGAUAAUCAUAUUUAACUAGCACCGCGGGCAGCGACGGUCCUUUGUUAGACCCAAGCCGGUGAAACUGGUCUGCUACGAGUCGUGUUAUGUUAGACAAGAGUCGGUGGCAUUGACACUAGCAGUGGUAGGUCUCAGUCACGGAUUGUUCAUGUAAUGAAGUACGGGGCUCAUUUAAACCAUGCCUAGUACCACUAGACACCAUUAGGCGUCUCCGUAUAUAUGUUACUGUUUCCAUGUCGGUUGUGGCAACUCGUUGGGGGGUUUAUGUUGCAGCUCUACUGCGCCGCGCGGUGGGUACCUGCUCGGUGGUAGCUGAUCUCUCUAUGUUUGUGCUGUGUGUCAAUGCACGGCGGCGCAGCGACCGAACAACACCGUGUGGUGAAGAUGUAUGUUGGCUGUGUGUUCAGCUGAGGGCGGCAUGACCUGACGCCGAAUUAUAGCCGAGGGAAGAGUGCGAGCACCUUAUUAAACUCGCGCGCCCGAACGCAUGUGUGUGUUGGAUGUUUCGAUUGUGUCGGUACUACGGCGAAUGAAGCUGCGUGUUCACUUCUCCCGCUAAUUCCCGGUAAACUAGGAUACCAGCGGAUGAUAGGAUAGUGAGUCGCACUCAAAUAUUUACCGAUUUCUCUACUUCAACAGCGCUUUGGCGGCCGUCGCAGGCUCGCCCCGUUUUAAACACGCGAGCUACACAGUCGUCAAUGCAUUUGCACUUGUUCGGCCCCAGAACGCAAUGCUGGUGUGAUGAGACAUGCCACUCUGAAAAUACAUAUGAACGAAACCGGACAA